AUGGCAGUUCGCAGCAUCGUCAACGACCAACAAGUCGCCAGCCCGGCCGCGGGCGGCGCAUCUGCUGUCGAGAGCGUCAACAGCGACACGCCCUCCAGCUCGCCCGAUGGACGAGACUCGAGCAGCCGCGGAGGGUCCCAAGGACGCGAGACGUCGGCCACCACCGCGACAACGCCAGACGCCAGCCAGGACACGGAGCAGCAGCCCCAGAAGGUCCGCCGCAAACCCGUCCCCGGCAAGGGCUUCCGCAAGUCCAGGACCGGAUGCUUCAACUGCAAACGGCGCCGCGUGAAGUGCUGUGAGACGCGCCCGGGCUGCCAGAGCUGUCGCCGGAUGAGGCUGGACUGCGUCUAUCCCGCCGCGACCGCGCUGCCGAAGCUCCGCAAUGCUGCCGCCGCCGUGCUGAUGGUGUCACCAUGCAAGCCCGUGGUCAACUUGGAUCAUCUGCGCUUCUUUCGGCACUUUCUCGUCGAAGCGUACCCGCCGCAUCCAUAUGGCGUAUCGACUGUGUGGCAAGAUGUGGCUGCUCUAUCCCACAGCUACGACUUCCUGGCGCAUGCCCUGCUCGCGCUUGCCGCCCAACACUUGACUCUCUUCACCCCCUGCGACUACUCCGUCCAGGCGCUCGACCUGCGCGUCUCUGCCCUGCAGGGCCUCAACGCCGCCUUCUCCCGGCCAUGCGUCACCGCCGAGGAUGGUGACGCGCGCUGCGCCGCCGCCAUUGCCCUGACCUGGCAGUCAUCGUACAUGAGCGCCCCCGGUUCCCUGCGCGAGUUCCUCGUCACCAUGCGCGGCUGGAUGGUCGUGGCCACAACCAUGACGCCCGAUCCCGACAAUUCGCUCUUCCGCGACUUCACCCGCGAGGCCUUCGUUGGCAGCUUGAGGCACCAUGUCGGCGGCGAGGCUGUCGCCAUGGCAGGUACCGCGUGGGAUGCAGACAGAGCAGACGUCAUCGAUGGCUUUCUUGCCUCGCUCGAGGUCUUGCGACCGCUCUGUGGGAGCCUGACGGAGAGGAGAUAUCUGUCCGCGCUGGAAAAACUGGGCUGCUUGGUGCGCACGUCGCCCCUUGAUGCUCUCCUCCAGAUGGCGCCAUGCUGGGCUCUGACGAACAAGAUGACCGAGGACGAAUUCGCCGACUUCACCGAGCCGUCAAACCACGCUGCUCAGGUCCUCCUGGCGCAUUUCCUGAUGCUUGAUCGGGCGCUGGAGAUGCACUUUCUCGACGCUACGGGCAGCAGCCAGUCCACCUUUUGCAAGAAGGUGAGCAAGGUUUGGAUCGUCAACAUGGCGUCUAGCCUACCCGCGGGCUACGAAAAAUACAUGAUGUGGCCACUGGGCCUGGCAACCGGCCGCGUCUAG